UCUUCGGCCUCUUUUCACGCUGCGAGCUGUUCACCGAAAGAACGCGCUGUACUUUAGGUUGCUUGCUGUUAGUCCAGAAGCAAGAUAGGUAAGCACAGCAGAGAGGAAAAGCAAGUCUGAAGGCAUUUCACCAUCGAGCACGAGCGUGUACCAUUGUUUUACUCCUGUCUUUUUACGGUCCCUUUUUUUAUCUUAUGAUUAGGUGUGCGAUGAACAGCUUAGGGCAACUAACCUUGCCUCAAAUAGUCUGUUUCUGAAGCAACAUUUUAUUGAACUGAAGGACAUGGAACAAACGUGGCGUAAUUUUAUCAUGUCAGAAAAGAAAAAACAUUUUUUUCUAAGUGUAGCACUCGGAACAUUACUCAUUUUUGUGCUGACAAACACAGAAGGUGCUGGAGUUCAACAGUCACCUAGGACCCGACAUUUUCACAAGACUAGAUCUUUGACGCGAAAUGUCCUCGAUGGCGAUAUUCAACCCUACUUUGACAGUGGCACAGCAACUAACAUCACUACCACGCCUAGGAAAACAGUUUACCUCCCAUGCCGAGUUAGGCAUCUUGGUGACCGAACAGUUUCGUGGAUUAGAAGAAAAGAUCUCCAUGUUCUGACUGUUGGCCGCUACACAUACUCCAGUAGCGACAAAUUUCAGGUUAUACAUCGUGAUGACAGAGAUGAUUGGAUGCUACAGGUGAAAUACCCCCAGAGAGAAGAUGCUGGUCAGUACGAGUGUCAAGUCAGUACUGUACCAAAGAAGAGCAUGUUCGUGACGCUAAAUGUCAUCGUGAGUAAAGCCAAUAUCCUAGGUGGCCCUGCCGUCUACAUCAAUACAGGCAGCUCUAUCAAUUUAACUUGUAUAAUUCAAGAAAGUCCAGUACCUCCUGACUACGUGUUUUGGUACCACAACAAUCAGGUAAUCAACUAUGAGGCUCACAAAGGUGUUAAAGUACAGACUCAAAAAAAUCCCAGAACUACCAGUACCCUUUGGAUAGAGAAAGCUCAACCCGAUAAUUCAGGGAACUACUCGUGUUCUCCUUCGAAUGCUGAUCCAGCCGAAAUAGCGGUACAUGUUCUGAACGGUGAAAAUCCAGCUGCAAUGCAGCAUGGGAAACAUGCAUCUUUAGCUAAAGGUUUAUUGCCAACAAAGAGCCUAUUGAUCAGUAUUUUAGCCGCCUUCUUGCUCACUCAGCAACGGUGAUGACAACUUUAUUGGACGUGUACUUAAAGAAACAGCAGCAGGAAGUUCACGUUCUGGUUUAGUGGCUGCAAGACGAUGUCGCUGAUUGUCUAUCGUACAGAGACUACUGAUACCGAAUAGCCGUAGAGAACGCUAGCCACUUUUAGAAUGACAAUGAGGGUUCUUUCCAUAAGAAUUCUGGGUGUAUUUCUAUCACAUUUCCAACAAGAAUUGUAACAUUUCCAAGUCUUCAAAAUAUAAACGUGUAUUAAGAGGAAAUCGGUAAAGAAUAAGCAGUCGGUUUUAAAGAGUUGGAAGUUUUGGAAUAUUUUUGCAUGAUUAGCUAUCAAGCAUGUUUUGACAGUACUGCAUAAAACAUCGUUCUGUUUCUCAGUCUUAUUUGUAUCUCUUGCUUCAGUGCACUAAUUCUACAUUCCUGUCCCUUGAAGCUGGAAAUGUUUCUCUUUCCAGGUAAUAUUAGGUAAACUGUUGUAUGUUAAAUCAAAGAUUGUAACGAGUCCGGAAACUGAAAUACCUUUCUGCGGGCAUGUUUCUGGUGAUUGUUCAAAUAUUUGAGUUAUUUAACUUAUUUUGCGAUAAAUGUUGAAAGAUGCAGAACUGUGAACAAAUACUAACACACACGUAUAUAUAUAUAUAUAUAUAUAUAUAUGUUUAGCUCUAAUAUUAUAUCAACUAAGGGCGUAUGUGAAGUAAGCUUAUAUAUGAACCCAACUUAGAUGAUAGUGAUUUUAACCUUAUUUUCCCAAACGUUGUUGUUUACCUAACAUAUAGGAAGAGGCAUCACUUAUAUAUAUUUAUAAAUUAAAAUAUAUAUACAUAUAAAACUGUCACACAUAUAUAAACUUUUAUGUACUUUUAAAUGUAUCUGUUUGAAUUUAUUAGUGUUUAGUCAAUUUGCAUUUCUAAUUUCCGUAAGCGAAGUGGGAUAAGUUAACAUAAGUAGCAUGGACAUUAGUUAUAAGUGAUUCUAAUCCUGUGAAUAGAUCCACACAUACACAUUUAUAGCGCAAGUGUCUUUCUCAUUGACAUUUAAUCGUAUGAAGUUAUUUGAUUUAUGUAUUGACUUACUAAUUCAGAAUUUAAGGCAAUACCAAAAUACAAUUUAAUUAUGACUACUAGUUUAUAAUUCAAGGCAAUACCAAAACACACUUUAUUUAUGACUUACUAAUUCAUAAUUCAAAGAAAUACCAAAAUACAAUUUAAUUAUGACUACUAGUUCAUAAGUCAAGGCAAUAAUAAAAUACACUUUAUUACUGACAAACUAAUUCAGAUUCCAAGGCAAUAUCAAAAUAAAAUUUAUUUGUGACUUACUAAUUCAGAUUUUCAAAGCAAUACCAAAAUACGCUUUAUUUGUGUAUAUUAAACGUAAUGAAACUAUAUUAAUUAAAGUUCAAGCGAUAUUAUUUUACCCAUUAUUAUUUAUGGGCACACAAUUCUAACGAAGGAUAUAUUUUCGUCUAUACUUAAUAAUUUAAAGAUAUUGCCUCUUUACACUCUUCUUCAUUUCAUCCCAUUUACGCAAAAAUAAAAAAAGUUGAAUUAAGAGUUUGUGAAUAUGUUUAUGGACUUUAUGUAUGUGUAAUUUACGCCACAAGGGUGCUCAUUCGUGUAAAUGCUCACUGAUGAAAAUUCGUAUUCUUAGAGUUAUCAAUCCAUCUCUUAGCUUAUUUUUCUCAUUGCUUUGUGUCACUUAGAGGUCUACCAUUUGAUAUGUCAGUUUGUUUCUAGUUCAUUAUUAAACCGUUCUACUUCAUCCAUCUGACCUUUUCUUCUUCUCUCUUGUAAAACUUGAGGUUCCCUGCAAAUGAUGUUGAUUAAAUAAAAGUAUUUGUUGACAUUUC